AUGAUAGCGUGGAAUGGGUGGCAUGAAUUUGCGAACCUUUUUCUUCGGGGGCGAGAUUGCGGGACUCGAAAUACGGAUGAGGCAGUGAGGAAGCUAUCAUCACCGGACCUAGAGCAGUGCUUAGGAGUCAGCUACGCACUGAACUUCCAAAAUUGGAUUGCGGCUUUCAACCCGAUAGUCAUUCAAUUUGGGAAGAUUAUGGCCUGCAAGAGGGAUAUCAUGUUGAGCAGUAGCGGCCACAGUGAGUAUGUGCAAGUCUCGGACGGUGCGCGACUGCCUUUUCUUCUUAAUGAGUCAGUCUCAGUGCUUGGAAGAGGGGGCUGCAGCACCGUCACUCGAGAGAUUAUCGCCGAAGGCCAGUUCCAGAAAAGCGGGGAAUGCAAUAUCAAAGUGAGUAGGGCCAGGAAGCUCCCCGUUCGACAGAGACUAACCCGCUCCCCUCCGCAGCCCAAGGUCAUUGCUCGAAAACGCUUCAAUGACAAGAUCUACUUUGACCGUGAACGAGUGAUCAUGUCGCUACUGGAGAAAGGCCUUCAGCAGCACAAUCACAUCGUCUACCCGCUUGCCAUGAUCAGCCUCGAAUCGGAGUACAGCAUCUUGAUGGACGUUGCUGAUUGUAACCUCGAGACCUUCUUGACAGAAGAGGGUAGAGUUGACUCCAAUAUCAGUCUGAAAUCAUUACUCAAGCAGGUCGCAAAUAUUGCCCAUGCUCUCUACUCACUGCAUACUCCAGGCGCGUCCGGUUAUGUUAUCCACCAUCUGGAUCUCACGCCGAAAAAUGUCCUAGUAAAGCUGAUAAAUCAUUCUGAUAACCCCUGGACAUGGAUGCUCUCAGAUUUCGGCUGGUCCCGGCACUAUGACGGUUGUUCCAAUGCAGCCGCAGCGAGAUCCGGCGCAAACGCGGUCCAGGCGACAGAUCAGGUCGAAUACUCUGAGAGAACGGGUACUUACCUACCAAAAGAAAAGGAGAGAAGUUCAUACACCGAUAUUUGGUCUCUGGGCUGCAUCAUGUGUCGUGUAGUUUGCCGAAAACGCCACGGCAUCGAAGGAUUGCGACAGUUCGACGAGCUGAGAUUGAAGGAUGACCCGGAUAGGAAUGACUACUUUUAUCGCGGGACAACUGUCAAUCCGUAUGUGACGAGACUGUUAGAUCAAUUCUGUGACUCGGGGUGCAAUAUGACAACAAGAUGUGGAAAUCUCUUGAAAUCGAUGCUGUCUAUGGACAAAAGUGCGCGACCCACUGCUUGGGACCUCCAUAACGACCUCAAACAGAUCACGGACACUUGCGAGGAAUUCACACACACCGUGAUCCCUCUUGAGCUCGAGUCCCAGAGACCACAGAAAGAUUCAGUUUCCGACGCCAAAUCCGCAAACACCGUUGAUCGCAGUCCCAACCCCGUAUUUCUCGCUAUAGAGAACCAACGCGAGGAUGAUGCAUUGGUCCAGAUUAAGUCUUUUCUUCGCGGGAGUAUCCGAGCGUAUUCGAGCAUAGAGCAGUACGACGAACGCUUGACCCCCCUCUGCCACGCUGCAGAAAAGGGGUAUACUAAAGUUGUCAAGUUUCUGCAUCAGAAGGGUGCGCAAAUCGACGAGCGGGAUACGCGCAGCAAUACGCCGCUGAUGUAUGCCUGCAAAAGGGGCCAUUGUGGAACGGCGGAGUACCUGAUCGAUCAGGGAGCAGAUUGGAACCUCCAGGGUGAAGAUGGGUAUACGUGUCUCCAUUUUGCGACAGAAUGCAAAAACACCGAAAUAAUAGACGUUUUCAUUCAAAAGCAGCCUGCGAGCAGGGUAAAGCUCAACGCGAACAUAUUAAACACAUUGGACCGAACACCUCUAGAGCUCACUCUAUAUAUGAAGUCUGGGCAAGCUCGUUAUAAACUCAUGGAACAGUUGAUCAGCCUCCGUGCGAAAGCUUGCGCUACUUCGCGCAAACAGAAUCAUAAAACAGCAGUCGAUUUUGCUCUGGAGAGGCGCGAUCAACAAGCGAUGAAGAUUCUAGUUACUGAUGUCGAUAAAACAUGGAAGAUACCAAAAAGUAAUAUGGGUGGUUUCGGGCCCAUGAAAGACAUCUUGAGGAGAGCUGGCCGGCUCGAAGGCCUUUCUACGCCAGGACAGAGAACAGAUCACCUUACUACCGAGCUGUGUGGUGAACGAUCAUGCUUGGCCUCCUUCUUCAGCUUGCUGCAGCUCAUUGAUCUGAACCUGCCGAAGAGCGAUAUCAGGAGCGGCAGUAUUGUCCUCAUCCCUCGGUCUGAAAACGUUGACUAUGGAUCUGGUAUUGGCGGCGACACGGCCCUUGGUCGGUUCGGUAACUGCGUGAAAACGUCGAGUCAGACUCUGAGAAUCGUUUGUCAAUAGGACAUACACAGUUGGUUCAUUUCCUCAAGUGCCUUCCUCUCCGUGCUUGGAAUCUAAGACGGCGAUUGUUAGAAUAUCAUUAGAAGGGCAUUUAGAAUUCCGAGCCAGAGACGGGUUCCUAUACCAUUAGAAAGAGCAAAAAAAGCAUGAUGGCGUUCAGCCCUCUUCUUAG